AGGUAUCAAAUUAACGUUCCGAACGUUCCAAAGGGCUCCACACUUGCGGCAACCUAGGUCCGGACUCGCUCCGAAUCUUCACCAGCCAGCCCUCGACGGCUGCUGUGUUCAACGUGCCGUGUUGCUACCAUCUCCUCACUGAAGACAUUGACAGCGAACUGUUUGACGUCUUCCAAAAGGACUAUGGAGUCGACCAGGGAAGGGCGCAAGGGUUUCCUAUGUCGGAGCAUUUGAGAGGCUACAACCUGGGUCGGAAUGCCCGCAUGCUGGCCGCACAGUCCAUCGACCGAGUUGUGCAUCAACAGCAGCUGCCUUCCAAAAGUCUACUGCACAGAGCCUUGCUGCAGGUGGUUGUUAAAAAGCUAUUACCAGAUUUCCCACUAUCCGAGGGCAAAUUAAAGCGCCUUUCGAGGUGUGAAGACUUCCAGGAAUAUUUCAGACAAGCUGACGCAACUUUGAAUUUGAACCUCGCCGAUAAAUUACCGGACACUUAUCUGACAGAUAUUUGCAAAGAUAUAGACUGUCGACAGAAGAAAAUUGUGAUGUUUUAUUUGCUAAGACUGUGCUUGGCUCAAGUUAUUGAAAGUGUUAUAUUGUUAGAUAGACUUUUAUUUUUGUGUGAGAAUGGUUUUCAAGAUGUGUAUUUGGUUAAAUUGUUCGAUCCGGUAUUGUCUCCUAGAUGUCACAGUAUUGUGGCUGUUAGAUAGUAAUAAUAUAGUUUUAUUAAAGUAUUAUUAAUAAUAAUAAUGAAGUAUUUGUAUUAUCA